UUCUCAUUGGUUGGUUUACACGUCAAUCACUCUCACCAGAGGUCAGAAAAGUAUCUGCUGCUGAACUUGUAACGUAUCCACUUCCACAGCAUGACAACCAUCCUCAAGAAGCCAAACAAGGGCGUGAAGCCUGCUGAAAACUAGAGGCGUCCUGUGAGCCAAAGGUCACCAUGGAGACAGACGAUGCACCUGCGCAGCCCAAUGACGACUGCGUGGAGACCUGCACUGUAUCCGUCAAAGGUCUGACAGAGAACUGGCAGAAAUGGUCCAACGACCACUGCGAGAAUCAGAAACACAAUCCUUUCAGCAACAGCAAGGUGAUUCCCCCACAGAUACAACGAGGACAGGAGGGCUACGGCAGGCCUUUAGAGGGCUCCAAAACAGAGCAGAGAGGAAAAGACGCCCACUCUCACAUCAGCAGAGAGGUCACAGAGCUCUGCCAGGUCAUUAUGGAGAGCGGAGAGAGUGGAGACGAUGGCAGGCCGGCUGUGCGGUUCGGGACACUGUUUGAAAGAUACGUCACCAUCUCUAAUAAACUAGUGGGAGUUCUGCUGCGAGCACGCAAGCAAGGGCUGGUGCACUUUGAAGGAGAGAUGCUGUGGCAGGGGAGAGAUGACGGAGUGCUUCAAGGCUUGAAGCCUGCUGAAAACUAG